AUGGCUUCCAACAUGAAGUCUGAGACUCCGCCUUCGGUGUCCAUCUCCCAGUCGCAUGGGGAAGACAACAAGCCACCAGUGCAUCCCGUGCAACGCCUCGAAAAGAGAUUCAGCCUCCUCUCUGUCGUUGCCUUUGGCUUCACCACGAUGAACUCGUGGGUGGCAUUCGCCUCUGGUGUUGCCGUCCCUCUGGCAUGCGGCGGUGGCCCGGGCAUCAUAUACGGCCUCAUUGCUGCGGCCGUUGUCAUGACCAUUAUCAACGUCGGCUUUGCUGAGCUUGCUUCCGCGUUUCCCUCUGCCGGUGGCCAGUACCACAUCGUCUACAAGACGUUUCCGCCAUCGACACGCCGAAUCGCCGCCUUCUUCACCGGAUGGACCAGCAUCAUCUACAUCAUGGCUGGACUGGUGUCGUGCAACCUCUUCGUCGCGGGGUCCAUCCUCGACGUUGUCAACCUGUGGAACGAGGGCUACGAGGUACAGGCCUGGCACACCUAUCUACUGCACGUCCUGCUCUGCAUCAUCGCGUUCCUGGUCACGGCCCGUUUCCCGACGGCCGUCGGCAAGCUGGGCGUGGUGAUCACGGUGCUCUCGCUCACCGGCUUCGUGGCCUCGCUGGUCACCCUGCUCACCGUCCAGGAAGUCAAGCAGUCGUCGGACUUUGUCUUUCGCAACUACCAGAACGUCAGCGGCUGGCCCGACGGAUGGGCCAUCUUCAUCGGCAUCACCGGCUGCCUCUGGGCGUACAGCGGCGUCGACGCCCCGACGCACGUCUCCGAAGAGGUGGCGAACCCGAGUCGGAACGUGCCCAUUGCCAUCAUCACCACCAUGGUCCUGGGCGUCGUCACGGUGGUCGUCUGGAACAUUGCGCUCAUGUUUGUCAUUACCGAUCUCCAGGCGCUCAUCGAGUCCGGCGUUCCGAUCCUCGAGGUGUACAACCAGGCGCUCAACUCCAAGGUGGCCACGACCAUCUGGGCCGUGUACUACAUGGUCAUGUUCUACGACAUUGUUCUCAACCUCUUCAUCUUCUCUGGGCGGACCAUCUGGUCGCUUUCCCGAGACGGCGGCGUGCCCUACUCGGACUUCAUCUCUCGCCUCAGCAGGGCCAACCCUGUGCGCGCCACGGCUGUCAUGCUGGUCCUGCAGAUUAUCGUUGGCGUGCUGUAUGUUGCGUCGUCGACGGCAUACAGCAGCUUCAUCAAUCUGAAUCUGUUUGCGCUCAACAUCACGGUGGCCUUGCCUCAGGCUGCCGUCUUGUUCCGGGGCCGCGGCAUUCUUCCCGAGCGAGCCUUUUCUCUGGGCAAGUUUGGCUACAUUAUCAAUGCCGUGGCCACGAUAUUUGUCAUUUUCUUCUCCAUCUGCUUCUGCUUUCCCGUGGGCUAUCCCGUCACUGGCAGCUCCAUGAACUAUCUGAUUGUGGUCAUGGCGGUUGGGCUGGUCGUUACUACGGUUGCGUGGGUUGUGAACCUGCGAAAGACGUUUACCGGGCCUCGGUUGGAGAGUUACGGAGGCGAGUCUGUGCAUUAGGAUUUGUAACUACCU